AUGCCAAGGUGUAAGAACGCUUCCUCGGGUCAAGAAACGGCGGCAGAGGAGAAUGAGAGGCCAUGGCGUCGUGAAGGGAGCAAGUACAUUCACAUUCAAACGGGUCUCGCCUUCAACACUGGGGCUUCAGUUGAGAGGUUCCACAACAUCUUCCUCACGAAGGAGAUCGUCUCUCCCAAGAUCGUGAGCAAGGACCUCUUCAAAUCGGCGACCUAUGCCCCGAGUAAGUCUAUAUUCCUUCAGCAAGGCUUGCUUCGUUUCAUUCAUUUGACGUAUGAAUUUUUCUGUCCAAAUCUUAUACGUCAAUUUUAUGCAAAUCUUCGUACCACUAAGGGAAGUUCGCCAUCUCUCAUUUCCUAUGUUGACGGCAAAAUCGUUUUCAUUGACGGUGCCGGUUUGACUUCUUUGUUUGGCCUUCGUCGCGGUGAUAUUACCGAAAACUUGGAUGAAACAUUCCAAGAUGAGGCAAUAUGGCGACAACUCGGGUUAGAUCAUCGUGACCUCAAGUUUAGAAACUCUAGUAACCCGAGUGUCAUUAAUCUCACUUUGAUUCAACGCGUCCAACAAUACAUCUUCUCAUAUGUUUUGUUGCCCCGUGAUUCGAACCAUGGCGUCGUCAACAAGGACGAUAUUCGUUUGUUUCACGUCCUAUUGAACGAUGUCAAAUUUGAUUGGGUUCACUUCUUUAUCGUUGCACUUAGCGAUGGCACUCGUUUUUCCCAUCUACGUUUUCCCAUCCCCAUUAUGCAUAUCCUUGCUCAUUGCAAAAUAGACUUUACUCAGGACACUCAGGUACCGGUCAAGAAGACGUGUUUCAUCACUGAAGCCAAGUUUUCCCGGAUCGUGUAUCGAGAGGAGGGCGAUGUUGCACCAAAUCUGGACUUGAUAGUCGCCGAAGAAGAAGAAGAAAGCCAAAACAAGAAUCAAGCUGAGUCAUCUCAAGCCGGAGGUAGUCGAGCCACGGAGCGCGUUACUCGUCAACGGAGGACUCGUCCGAGAGAAGAAGCACCGGAACCAUCUUGGGUGAAGAAGAUCUUCGAUACUCUCACGUGCAUCCGAGAUGACGUUCGCCAGCUCAACGAGAGGAUGACUCGUCUUGAGCAAUCUCGCUCCUACCGUGGCCCGCGUCACAGCUUCAGCGGAGGAGCUCGUCCGGCGAACUCUCUUUGAU